GGUCCCCCUCCCCCAUUCUCCCGCCGGCUCCUCCCCCCUCGCUGCAGUCGGAGCCGAACAGCGCUGCGCACCGCACCGUGUGGGGAGCCGGCGGCGGUGGGCACGGCCCGGCCGAUUAUAGAAAGCUGUAUUGGUUGUAGUUCCUUGGAGGAAGAAGUUAAAUAAAUACUUUUUGAAAGCUUCAGCAAAGAUUCAGAAGCAAAAAUGCGACCGAUGCGUAUUUUUGUGAAUGAUGACCGCCAUGUGAUGGCAAAACAUUCUGCUGUUUACCCAACUCAGGAAGAGUUGGAGGCAGUUCAGAACAUGGUCUCCCAUACAGAACGUGCUCUCAAAGCUGUAUCUGACUGGAUUGAUGAACAGGAAAAAGUCAGUGGGGAGCAGCCAGAACCGGAGGCCAUGGAAACAGCAGCCGAAGAAGAAAACAAAGAAGGAGGGGAUCAGAAGGCUGCCGAGCAUUUGACUAGGACCCUUCGUGGAGUGAUGCGUGUUGGGCUUGUAGCAAAAGGCCUGCUACUGAAGGGAGACUUGGAUCUUGAGCUAGUUCUCCUGUGCAAAGAGAAACCCACAACUGGUCUCUUGGACAAAGUAGCUGAGAAUCUUGGUGUACAGCUUGCUACUAUUACUGAAGAUAAAUAUGAAAUAAUCCAGUCUGUGAGCGAAGCUGCAAUUAUCAUUAAGAACACACAGGAGCCUCCAUUGACGCUGACCAUUCACUUGACAUCCCCUGUUGUGAGAGAAGAAAUGGAAAAACUGUUAGCUGGAGAAACGCUAUCAGUCAACGACACCCCGGACGUUCUGGACAGGCAGAAAUGCCUUGCUGCCUUGGCGUCACUCCGACACGCCAAGUGGUUCCAGGCCAGGGCUAAUGGUCUGAAAUCGUGCGUCAUAGUCAUCAGGGUGCUGAGAGAUCUGUGUACUCGGAUUCCUACUUGGGGACCACUUAGAGGAUGGCCUCUGGAGCUGCUGUGUGAAAAAUCAAUUGGAACAGCUAAUAGACCAAUGGGAGCUGGUGAGGCCCUGAGAAGAGUACUUGAAUGUCUUGCAUCAGGAAUUGUUAUGCCAGAUGGUUCUGGUAUUUAUGAUCCUUGUGAAAAAGAAGCCACUGAUGCUAUUGGGCAUCUAGACAGACAACAAAGGGAAGAUAUCACACAGAGUGCUCAGCAUGCUUUGAGACUUGCUGCUUUUGGCCAGCUUCACAAGGUCUUGGGGAUGGAUCCCCUGCCUUCCAAGAUGCCCAAGAAACCAAAGAACGAAAAUCCAGUUGACUACACUGUCCAGAUUCCCCCCAGUACCACAUAUGCCAUCACCCCAAUGAAGCGUCCUAUGGAGGAGGAUGGAGAGGAGAAGUCUCCCAGCAAAAAGAAAAAGAAGAUUCAGAAAAAAGAGGAAAAAACUGAACCUCCCCAGGCUAUGAAUGCACUGAUGAAAUUAAAUCAGCUAAAACCUGGUCUCCAGUACAAACUUGUGUCUCAGACUGGUCCGGUUCAUGCUCCUAUCUUUACUAUGUCCGUGGAAGUCGAUGGCAGUACGUUUGAGGCAUCUGGACCUUCCAAAAAGACAGCCAAAUUGCAUGUGGCAGUAAAAGUGUUGCAGGAUAUGGGUUUACCUACAGGAGUGGAAGGCAAAGAGUCUGGAAAAGGAGAUGAAUCGGCAGAAGAAACAGAACAGAAACCAGUAGUUGCUCCUCCUCCUCCUGUAGUGGAAACUAUCUCUACACCCAGUGCUGCUUCUCCUCCCUCAGAGCAAACUCCAGAGAAUGUGAAACAACAGGGACCAAUCCUGACUAAGCAUGGCAAGAAUCCAGUGAUGGAACUCAAUGAGAAGAGGCGUGGUCUAAAAUACGAACUGAUUUCAGAAACAGGUGGCAGCCAUGACAAGCGCUUUGUCAUGGAGGUUGAGGUUGAUGGGCAGAAAUUUCAAGGAGCUGGCUCAAACAAAAAAGUGGCAAAAGCCUACGCUGCUUUAGCUGCCCUAGAGAAGCUGUUUCCCGAUGCUCCAGUUGCUGUUGAGCCCAAUAAGAAGAAAAGAGCCCCUGUACGCAAGGGGGGACCCAAGUUUGCAGUAAAGCAGCAUAAUCCAGGUUUUGGAAUGGGAGGCCCCAUGCACAAUGAAGUGCCACCUCCCCCAAAUCUGCGUGGACGUGGCAGAGGAGGCAACAUCAGAGGCCGUGGCAGAGGCAGAGGUGGAUUUGGUGGUGGCAAUCAUGGUGGCUAUAUGAAUGCUGGAGCUGGAUACGGAAGCUAUGGUUAUGGAGGAAAUUCUGCAACAGCAGGCUAUAGCCAGUUUUAUAGCAAUGGUGGUCACUCCGGCAACACAGGAAGUGGUGGAGGUGGUGGUGGCGGCGGGGGCUCCUCUGGCUAUGGAUCCUACUACCAAGGUGGUGACAACUACAGCUCACCAGUUCCACCCAAACAUGCUGGAAAGAAGCAGCAGCAUGGAGGACAGCAAAAACCUUCCUAUGGGUCAGGGUAUCAAUCCCACCAAGGCCAGCAACAGCAGUCUUACAACCAAAAUCAGUACAGCAAUUACGGCCCUCCGCAAGGCAAACAAAAAGGAUAUAAUCACGGACAAGGCAACUACUCUUACUCUAAUUCUUACAACUCCUCUGGCGGAGGAUCAGACUACAACUACGAGAGCAAAUUCAGUUAUGGUGGCGGCAGUGGCCGUGGUGGAGGUGGAGGAAAUAACUAUGGGUCAGGAGGUGCCUCAUACAAUACUGGUUCACACAGCGGCUAUGGGGGAGGAUCUGGGGGAGGAGGGUCGUCUUACCAAGGUAAGCAAGGUGGAUAUUCUUCUCAGACUAACUACAGCUCUCCAGGUUCAGGCCAGAAUUACAGCGGACCCCCAAGUUCCUACCAAGCUUCCCAAGGCGGCUACGGCAGAAACGAUCACAACAUGAAUUAUCAGUACAGAUAAACCGACCCUUUCUCCGUGGGUGUGAAGUUUUGUUACCUUCCGCACUUGCGCACCCUUUGAAUAUUCAGUUUUAUUGCAUCACAGUAAACAUGUAAACCCCCGUUUCCAUGUUGCAGUGCUCUUUGUGAUAUCCGUCACUAAUGGUCGAGUACCUGUAAUUCCAUACUUAGCUGUAUUUUGGACAUCUAUGUAUUUAAUGGUUUGUUAGUUGCCAUUACAACUUUGUCUAAAUAGAAUUUUUGAGUUAAUAAAAUUUCAGUAUCCUUUUUCUAUUUAAAAUUGUCAUUCAAGUGUUAACCCAGUAUGGCUUUAAAUAGAUAAGGGAUAUGCCAUCUGUUAAUGCUUUUGUGAAGUGAGUUAAACAAGCUUUCUGUAUUUUAAUGCUUUAGUGUUUCAGUUUUAUAAGUGAAGAUUUUAUUUUAAAAACCAGUGGGAAAGAGUGGGUUUUGUAUGUCUGGAUCAUUCAGGCAGUACAUCUUGAUUAAGCUGAAUGUAGACAAAUAAACACAAACUCUUGAUG